AGGACUUUCCCCAAGAUGGUGGAGACAACAACAACAACAACGGGACGAAGUUGAGUUUGAUCGAUGUUGCGACGUUAGAUAUACGCUCUUAUUACAUGAAAAAGUAUAAUCUAGUGUGCAUGUAUACAUAUUGAGUCAACUAUGUCUGAAAGUAUAUUGGAUGAUGAUGGUAUCCGAAGAAGAAGAUGUGAUACAACAAAUCAUAGUGAGGAAACAACAGAAUUACAGGAGAAAUGCAAUGUACAGGUAGUUGUGGAAGAUGUUGGCAGUACUAAAUCAGAUGACAUGGAGGAUUCUGUGAUAAACCUCAAUCAAGAUGUAAAAUCAAUCAAUCCAAAUGAGCAAAAUAAGAACAGUCCUCUGCUUCCACCAUCAUUUCCACUGCAUCAAAGAUCCAGAAGUUCAACUUAUGCCAGUACAAAGACUGUAGCACAGGGAUUUCUAAAUAUGUCACUGCUAUCUGCCAAUGCUGGACAGUUAAAAGGUGUUCUUUUGCAGGGACCGAGUGGAGAUUUCUAUUAUAUGCUAAUUACUUUAAUAGUGUUAUCCAUGGUACUGCAAUUAUGUGUCAGUAUUAUCCUUGCUCUGAAGUAUUUUGUAGAUUUUGAUGAUGAUGGUGUUGAUGAAGAGGAGAAAAAAACAGCCAUUCAGUACAACAAUGUUGCAACUAUUACUGUAAUGUUUGUUUCUGCCAUUAAUGUUGUAAUAUCAGUUUUUAUUGGCUAA